AUGAAGAAUAUUUUCCGUGCACUAAAGAAACGCCAAUUAAAGGACAUCGACUACAAUCGAUGGCUACUCAUUUCGUCGAUAUUGAUGGUUGUUGGAUUGUUGAUGGCGCUCUUGAUUGCUCCUGAAGUUACGCAAUGUGUCGUUAAAUAUAUGUUCACGUUGAUGCGAGGAAGUUACUUGCGAAAUCAACAGAGAAAAGUGCCAUAUGAGUUCAAUGUGUAUGUUUGGAAUACGACAAAUCCUGAUGAAGUUAUUGCUGGAGGAAAACCGAAAUUGCAGGAAGUUGGUCCUUAUAAAUGCCGGGGUUUCAAGACGAAGCAAAACAUGGCAGAUAACGACUACGAUGACACCGUUUCUUACGAUAUUUACAACGAAAUAACUUUUGAUGAAGCUGAUUCAUCUCCCUUAACCGGCAAUGAGACUUUUUACAAUCCUCAUCCUUUUAUCAUGGGAAUUAUGGCAAAAAUAGCAACAGAAAUGCCCGAAAUGAUUCAUUUUAUCAAAAAAGGCGUCGAUAUGGUAUUCCAAAAUCCAACUUCACCAUUCAUCAAGCUCACCGCAAAAGAAAUCAUCAGAGACAGUUUUUUCGUCGAUUGCAAUGUGACGGAUUUUUCAGCAAAAGUUUUGUGUUCAGCACUCGCGAAUCAAGAUCAAAUCGAUAAAGUUGACGGAAAUCCACAAAUUUUGGCAAGUUCCUUAUUGUAUCAAAUGACGGCUCGUAAACAGGGAAACUACAAAGUUUUGCGAGGCUUGGAAAAUGUUCAUGAUGUGGGUCGAAUCGUUGAAUUUAAUGGCUUAGCUGAGUUGGAAACGUAUGACGAUGACGAGUGCAAUGUCAUUAACGGGACAGAUGAAAUGUUUUUUGGGCCAUUUAUGGAAUGGGAAGAUCCCGUUGUGAGUUUUGACUUUCAAUUGUGUCGAUCGUUCAAUUAUAACUACGAUCGAGAUACAAAAGUGAAAGGACACAAAACGACGAGAAAAAUUUUGCAGUCCUUUGAACCGAAAAAUCCAAAAUGUUUUUGUAAUAAAUAUUUUCCGGAGAAAUGUUUGCCGAAAGGAGCUUUCGAUAUCAAUCAGUGUUGGGAAGCUCCUGUAGCUGCUUCGUUUCCACAUUUUUUGGAUGGCCCGGAGUAUCUUGAAAUGUUUGACGGAUUUUCUCCGAAUCGAGAAAAGCAUUAUAAUGGAUAUGAUUUUGAUUUGCUAACUGGCGUCCCAAUCAGAAGUAUUCGACGAUUUCAAAUGAAUUUUCGUGUCAUACCUAUUCCGGAAUUUCCUCCUAUGUCGAAAAUGAAUGUCACACCACUCUAUCCAAAUGGUUGGAUCGAACAAAUACUGUACACGACAUCCAGCGAAGAUAAAGUUAUCAAAAGAAUACAUUUUUGGGACAUUUUCCUCCGUGUCAUCGGUUGGUUAAUUUUCUCCUUCGGAAUUCUCGGAGCUGCAAUUUCUACUCUUGCCAUCCUUGCUCGUCGUGUCCCAAUCACGCCUGAACCAAAAAUGCAGCGUCAAAACACAGAAAGCGAAUUACCCCAUUCAGCAGAAUCAGAAACUCCCGAUUCCAUUUCGACUGUCGAACGAGAAGACAACGAAUUUGAGCUUUACAAUCGUGUAAAUUUGUCGCGCGCCGAAAAUGAAGUUGAAACGACGUCAAAUCACGACACCGCUGCAGCAACAAAAGAGGAGGAAGAGGAAGACGAAGGCAUAGAUGGGCGUUGA